UUACUGAGAUUUUUUCUCUCUCUCUCUUCAUUAAACACUCGCACUCGUCUUUCGCACGGAUUCUUCUCAGAGGAAGACAAUACAACCCUGUCUGGAACCGCAGAGGAUCAUUACACGGUAUAAAAAGGCGAUGUUUUAAGUAAUCUGAUAUAAAACACUGGACACUUCCCUCGUUUCAGAAAGACACGUGACUCAGGGACAAAAAUUAGUUCUCGCGUGUGUCGAGCAGCGUAUCCCUCCGCUACCGGUGGGAAAAAUCCGUGUCAAAUCGACAAAUUAGACAACGUGUUUUGAAUCUAAUCGCGUAUGUGUGGUGUUUUACAAAAGUAUUAACAGUGGCGGUGAUUUUUUUUUGUACUAUAACUAUCGCAAACGCUGUCGCUCAGGGAACUAUUUUGUGCCGCGAAGCACUAUUUUGCCUGAGCAUACCCCUUUUCUUAUUGGAAGCCAUGAUGGAAGUUUAGCAGCAGGAGAGUUUAGCAGCGGAGGAGCGAGGAAAAGGAAAAGCGGGGAAUCUUCUGCAAACAGCUCCUUCUUUAGAAGAUAUAACCGAGGAGGUUUUUUAAUCGUAUGGUGGAGGCUGUCAAACUUCUCUUUAUGCAUUGGAAUACUGUCAGUGGCGUGGAUGGUUGAUUUUUGAUGCAUUUUUACCUAUUUUUUUAAGAUGUACGUACCAGCUAACUCGCUAGCUAGCCAGCUAGCCGCUCGUUAGAGCCACACGGAGCCGCUUGCCUGCUGCCUGCCUGCCGCCGCCGCCGCUACUCCUGCUGCUGCUGCUGCUGCUCACAUUCUGCUUUAGAAACGUCGGAGAGGAUUUUCUCUCCGCAUUUCGGGCACAAUCACGGCGACUGCGGCGGAUUCAGAGACUUGGCGUGCUUCGGAAACCUCUCUCUGCGAGACCUGGAGACGCGUGUACCGUCGUAGCUGGAGGAUUUCUGGCCGUGUCAGUGUGGAUUUGGGCGGCCGGGCCUGCUGUAGGCCCUCCUUCUGUAUGAGCGAGCAGCAGCAGCAGAAGCAGCAGCCAACACACGGCCGCUAGCUAGCAGGUGAAGCUAAAGCUAGCGCAUCCGAAAGGACUGCGAAAAAAGCCCGAAGAGUUUCAAAUAAAGCCUUAACGACGGCAUUUCACCCGGAGGCCACGAUACUCUCGAUUACUUUAAAAACCCUAAAGACUCCUUUCACAGCUAUGGCUACGAUCAUACAGAAGAUGGUCAGCCGAAACAAAAGGAGAUACCAGGAGGAUGGGUUUGAUUUGGACUUGACGUAUAUUUAUCCCAACAUAAUUGCUAUGGGCUUUCCUGCUGAGAAAUUGGAGGGGGUGUACAGAAACAACAUAGACGACGUUGUACGGUUUCUGGAUUCCAAGCAUAAAAAUCAUUACAAGAUAUAUAAUCUAUGUGCAGAGAGACAUUAUGAUGCUGCCAAAUUUAAUUGCAGAGUUGCACAAUACCCGUUUGAAGAUCAUAAUCCUCCACAGUUGGAGCUCAUCAAACCGUUCUGUGAAGACUUGGAUAAGUGGCUCAGUGAAAAUGACAAUCAUGUGGCUGCCAUUCAUUGUAAAGCUGGAAAGGGCCGGACGGGUGUAAUGAUCUGCGCAUACUUAUUACACCGAGGCAAGUUUGGAAAAGCAAAAGAGGCUCUGGACUUCUACGGCGAGGUCAGGACCAGAGACAAGAAGGGAGUGACCAUCCCCAGUCAGAGGCGAUACGUCUACUACUACAGCUAUCUUCUGAAGAACCAGCUUGAGUACAAACCGGUGGCAUUGCUCUUUCACAAGAUGAUGUUUGAGACGGUGCCCAUGUUCAGUGGCGGGACCUGCAAUCCACAAUUUGUGGUGUACCAGCUGAAGGUGAAGAUCCACACGUCAAACCCAGCACACACGCGGCGUGAGGAAAAGUACAUGCACUUUGAGUUUCCCCAACCACUGCCUGUGUGCGGAGACAUCAAAGUGGAAUUCUUCCACAAACAGAACAUGAUGAAGAAAAAGGACAAGAUGUUUCACUUUUGGGUGAACACGUUCUUCAUCCCUGGACCAGAGGAGAACUUGGAGAAAGUAGAAAACGGGAGUUUACUGAAGGAUCUGGAUGGGAUCCAGAGCACAGAGAGGGGGGAGAAUGACAAGGAUUAUCUAAUCCUGGUUUUAACAAAGAAUGACCUAGACAAGGCCAACAAAGACAAAGCCAACAGAUUAUUUUCCCCAAACUUCAAGGUGAAGCUAUAUUUCACAAAAACAGUGGAGGAACCAUCCAACUCAGAGGCCAGCACUUCAGCGUGUGUAACCCCGGACGUUAGUGACAAUGAACCGGACCAUUAUCGAUACUCUGACACAACGGACUCAGACCCAGAAAACGAACAGCUGGAUGAUGAUCAACACACGCAGAUAACGAAAGUUUGAACUUAUUUUGUUUAUGGGAAGACAAAAAAAAAGAAUCUUUACAUAAACCAGAGUUGUAAAAAGGAGAAAACUUGAAUAUGAACUGAAAGCAAGUCCUUUUUUUCUUUUUGCCUCUCCGAAACAGAAGUACAUAAGUGGGACAUUUCUCAUGUAAGAUGCCUCCGUUUUAGGGACACUAUUUCUGACCAAUUAGCUUUUCUUUUUUUUCUUUCUUUUUUUUUUCCUCCCCCCCCUUUUCUUUGCUUGCCCCUUUUAAUGACAAAGUUGUUGACACCUCCAUAGUUGGGAGCAGGGAGAGGGGGUGAAGUGUGCUGCUGCAUCUCCUGUUCAUAACAAGGCCAGUGCUAAAGUCCGUGUCCAUCCUCUAGUGCACGAUCGUCCAUCCAUCAGGCCUUCUGUUUUACCUACUGUGAAGCUUCCUGUGCUGUCUGCAGACUAACCCAACCCCUUUAAAAAAAAAAAAAAAAAGAUAAUAGUGCAGUGCAAACAUUCAUAGUCUGCUAGCAUCAUUGCCACUAACAUAGUAAUAAUUAUUCUUCUGCAUAUUAGGCUAUAUAGCAUUUUUAACUGCCCCCUCUCUCCUACCCUUGUCUGUUAACCGCAAAUGCAGCAGUAACCCCAUUAUUCUGUCAGUGGUGUGAUUGUUUUUAUGUUCAAUUUACCACAGCAGGGAAACCAGUGUUGCAAUAAUGUUGACACACCUAGUGGACAAAGGUUUGCAUGCUAAUUGAAUUAGUAUCCAUGUUGCUAAAUGUUAUCCAGUUUUAUUUUUCCUCCCUUCAUAUGCGACGUUUCUGCUGCCAUCAAGGUUCGGUUUAUAUUUAGUUACAAACUGAUGCCCCAUGUCAUUCUAUCACCACUUGUAUUAGUAUUAAUUGUUAAGCCAUUAGUGGCAUUUAUAUUUUAUAUCUCACGUGGGUUUUUUUCCCUAUUAAAAAUGCUAAUGUGUAAUUAAUCAGCUGGCACCGAGCAGAUCUCCUUCAGUUCUUGUUUUAAACUCCGUCAGUCAGUCAGGCUUAACAAUAUGGGACUCGUCUUGAGGUUUCUGCGUUGACCACAGUGGGUCGGAUCACAUGCUAGUCGACGUGUUCGACACGCUCGAGCUUGUGUGCUCGACAGUCUGCGUGUGGUGAGCGAUUUCUUAUUGUGGCCAGGCUGUGUGGAGAAAUACCUGCUGAACGCUGUGUGUGAGAGAAAGAGACUUGAAUGUAAAGCUCGUGUUCCCCUAAGUGCUAUAAGUAACCUCAUCCAGAGUUUGAUGCCAUAGUUUCAUUUUCUCCCCAUCUGUUUUUUUUUUCUUCUUCUCUUUUUUUUUUAGCCUUGUCUCUCUUUUUUUUUUUUUUUUUUUUUUCCCCCCCUUUUUUCUUUUUUGGUCAGACAUCAGAUUCUUGGCUCCUCAAACUGUUUGUAGCCUUAUUGUGUGGUCUAUUGAAACCUGGAUUAUUUGCUAAUUCAAUUCAACAGUGGUGCUUACAAACUGCCAAACUACAAACUCGCAAUGAACAAUAAUUUCAGAGCCAAGAAUGUGUUGUCUCUGUGUGUUUGUGUGUGUGUGUGGGGGGGGGUGCUUCUGUCAGAUGUGCUACUUGUGUAUGUGCUCUGACCGUUAGACGUCUCCUGUCUGACUAGCUGAGUUCUCUACAUUUUUAAAGGCACCCCCCCCUCCUCUCUUCUCCCUCCCUCCAUUCUUGAACAGGUUUCAUUCCUUUUGGAAUGAGGUGCAGCUACAGAUUUUACAUGUCUUGUGCUUGCUUCAGACAUAUUAAAGCCCCAUAUGAGUAUUUAAAUAUGUAUAAUUUUCCUUUUUUUUUUUUUUUUUUUUUUUUUUCCCCGCAUGCCAAAUUUUUAAUAUCUGCCUCGCCGUGAGUUGUGAGCCAGAACAAAAAGAAAAAAGAGAAAUCUUAGUCACUUGGGCAAGAAUCACCGCUGAGGGGUGAGGGGGGUAGUAAAGCUGCCUUUUCUCCUGCUGUUGACGUCAUGGCUUCAGUCUUCUCACCGACCCUGCACCCGUUGCUGUACGACUCGUUUUCUUACAGAAAGGAAUAUGAUCCAGAGGUUUGAGAACCAGUCUCUCUCCUGUCUUCUGUAACACAGCUGUGCAGUAGCCAACCCAGGAAAAAAAAAUCUUACAAAAUCUGUUUUGUUUUGUUUUUUGUUUGUUUGUUUACAUUAUCACUAAAAACCUGCCAAAAUGAAGCUUGAUUUUAUUUUUUUUGUUUGUUUCAUCCAAAGGCAGUAGGGAGGUAUUCUUUGCCUUACUUGAAGUUACUUUCAGCUCUUGCUUUUUUUACCAUUCUGCCCAAGCACUGACUUACACAGUACUUAUUUAAAGCUACUAUAACAGAGCAACAUAUUGUGCUAGACUUUUGCACGGUUACAGGUUUUUGCAGGGUUUCAGUCAGCAGUCCACAGUAUUUUUUUUUUUUUCUUUUCUUUUCCCCCCAGUACACAUACACACUUCAUUAGUCCUGCCCCCCCCCCUCAGUAAAAGCCAUGUGAAAUAUAUGUAGGACAAAUGAUGUGGAUGAAGUGUCUUGGUAUAAUCUGUGCAUCCCCUAUAGAACCAUGUAGUAGCUUUUGACUGAACAUGGAGGUAUAUAUAUAUAUAUAUAUAUAUAUAUAUAUAUAUAUAUAUAUAUAUAUAUAUAUAUAUAUAUAUAUAUAUAUAUAUAUAUAUAUAUAUAUAUAAUUUAUUUAUGACAGUAUUCAUAAGACCCUCUGCAGGUAUUCUGAUUUGUGAAUAUAUGCUGUUUUAAAUAGGAUGAAUCUGUUCAAGGGCAUCACAAAGCUAGCGUCAGGUCACAGUCCAUCCUUAGGACAUCGGUAAAAAAAACUCUACAAACUCGAGACAUUCAGACAACUUUAGCUUCAGUACUGUAAAACAUCCAAUACGAACACCUCCUGAAACCAUCUGCGUCCUUUAUGUGGCACGGGUUUAAGGAAAAAAAAACAAAACAAAAAAAAAACCUUGUGUGGAGCUCACAGGCAGCAUCGAAAAAAUUGUUUCAGCUUUAAUGAUUUAAAAAUAUAUAUUAAGGUGCCAGUGUGUAAGUUUCAUGUCAUUAGUUUUAGCUGAUUUGUGCAAUAUGCUAUGAUGCCUGUGGUUACCACAAAGUGCCUCGUUUACUUAAAUAAAAAGAAAAAAAAAGUGCUUGUUUUAGACCCAGUUUUAGAACAUGGUGUCAUGCAUGUAGACUGACAGGAUGGUACUGUGCACUAACUCACCUGGGCUUUUACACACUGCAGAGGACCCCCCCCUCCCCCCACAGGGCUCUGGCCCCUGCCACAUCCUCAUUUUUUCCCCCACACUCUCCACUUCUCUUCCGGGUUCAGUUCCACUUAGGCGCAAUGUAAACUCUGGUAUAAUUUCAGCUGUUUGAAGAAACAGAGCCUUAUUCCAUUUCAGCCUGUUCAGAUAAUUUUGUGAUGUGCAACAGUUGCUCUGUGUGUAAUGCUAUGCACUGAGAAUACACAACCAACAAUGUAUGAAAUAUUGUAUAGGUUAUGUACAGGUUAUGAUGCUCAUACAAAUCACCUUGUUUGUUUGUAAUUGUAUGUGUAAACCCCCUUUAUCUUAGUGUUAUAAACCCCACAUAAAUCCAAUAAAGUCUCAUUUCUUGUCA